AUGGCCAGCCACGACGACUCGACGUUACAGGAGUACCACUGGGAUCCCAUGUACGAGGACUAUGGCAUCGAAGAUAUGGCUAAAUACAAUAAAGGGGGGUUUCAUCCAGUCCAUUUGGGCGACGUACUCGAUGAUCGGUUCCAGGUCGUCCACAAACUCGGCAGCGGCGGUUUUGGUACAGUGUGGCUUUGCAGAGACCAGAAGUUCGACAAGUGGAGGGCUGUGAAAAUCAUCGCGGCAAGCCAGUCAGAUCAAGCUGGAGAUCUAAAGGUCAUUCAACACCUUAGGAGUGUGGCAACCCUAGAGGACCUGGAACAAAACUACAUAGCAACGCCGCUCGAGGAGUUCUGGCUAGAAGGCCCCAACGGUCGGCAUCUCUGUUUCAUCAUGCCUAUAAUGGGGUGUGCGGUAUCUACAUGGCGUUCGAAACUGGAUGACGGGGAUGAGGCCACAAGCCCCUGGAUUAAAGCCGCAUGCAGGCAAAUCACCAAGGGAGUUCGCUUUCUGCACGAAAAGGGGGUCUGUCACAACGACCUGAGACCCAACAAUAUUCUCAUUAAGCUCGAUCAGCAAGCGAUCCAGCAAUUGGACAAGGAGGAGAUGGUGGAAAUUCUUGGUGAACCGGAUGAAAUCGAAGUCGAGACCACAUCUGGAGCCGAUCCUCGCCCGAUAGCCCCUGAAUACUGUGUAGCCCCUGCGACGUUUCUCAAGCACAAAAACCUAUUCACCGAUCAGAUUGCCAUUGUCGACUUUGGGGAAUCUUUCUUAAUUGAAGAUCCCAGAUCCACUAGUGGGAUUCCUCCAACCUAUGCUGCCCCGGAAGUCUUGUUGGGGGGCAGUCUCGGGCCUGGCACAGACAUCUGGUCGCUGGCCUGCACGUUCUACAACAUCCAAAGUAAGGACCUGCUACUCGGCGGAAGCUUCUACGGAUCAGAAAUCAACCAGAUAGUCCACGAGAUAGAAACCUUUCUCGGGCCGUUGCCUCAAGAGCACCGGGCACUAUGGGAUGAGAAGGAGUUCGAGGCUCCAAGCUCGGCUAUUGAAGUGAAGACGGACGAUGAGACAGAAGCUCUUGGUUCGCCAGCCACUUGCUCCAUGGGUGCCCUCCUAGCCACAAGGAAUGAUCUCAUCUCCGGGACCGGCUUUUCGGAUGUGUUUGCCGCAGCUAUAGGGAAGGAGGGCACAGGUCAGUACGAGGAGGAGACGGAUGAGGCUCAAGAGGCUCAACCGGAGUCCAACAGUGACGAUCAUUCUCGCGAGGAGAUCCUGGCCCUGAGUCAGCUGCUGCGAAAAAUGAUGAAAUACUCACCCGAGGACCGAAUUGAUACGUCUUCCAUUCUCGUUCAUCCAUGGCUGUCAGAUACAGUUGAGACCGAAACGUCCUCAUGCGUGGACGAGCCGGCAGAAUCCGACGAACCAAGGGGUUUGGAUCGGUGCCGAAAUGCCAUCCAAAGACUUGAUGCCAGCAAGUUAUGCAUCGGACUUGCAUGUUCUCUACUGGUGCCAGUUCUCCUUGCCGUUCUGCUGAGGCUGAACGAUUUCGGCGUCAGUGAGUCAUCUCUUCAAAUCCAUUUCGCGGAAAAGAUAAUUUCUGCGAUAACCCGUGCAGAAUGUUUCUGCAAAGUACCAAAAUCCAAUAGGAGGUAA